GAAGAGCAUUCUGCAUUGCUUGAUUUCAAAAGCACUACUAAAUUGCUGACAGUGUGUCGUCUCUUGGGUGAUUGUCAAAUGAUACAUCCUAUAAUACAAACUUGGGACAAGAGUGAAGACUGUUGGUUGUGGGAGGGCAUCACAUGCGACAAGAGUCUCAACCUUUCUCGCAAUUAUUUUCAAUAUCCUAACAUCUCAUUCGGGUUCAACCGUUGGAAGAGUUUGACAUAUCUUAAUCUUUCAGAUUCAGGAUUCAUGGAUGGCUCUCCCCUACUUGAUGAGAUCUCCUUGCUAUCGAAAUUGGUUUCACUCGAUCUUUCUCUUAAUUUUAUUUGGAAAUUGGUGGAUCCUUUGCUUCUUGACAACAUAAAGUUUCAAAUGCUUGUGCAUAACUUAAAAGAAUUAAGGUUUCUUAUCCUUGAUUCUGUGAAUAUGUCUCUGGUUUUGCCUUCUUCCUUGCUAAACUUGACUUCCUCCUUAGAAUAUUUGAGCCUUCACGAUUACCUCCAAAACAACUACCUUACCAGACCUAUUGAUCAUGUUGAGAAGCCUAGUCUCUUUUUACAAGAAGUCUAUUUUUCCAAUAAUGAGAUAAGUGGUUCAAUUCCUAGCUCCUUCUUUGAUCUUGUGCAUCUUACUAGAGUCGACCUUUCUUCAAAUAACUUAACUGGCACCAUCACACUCGACAUGCUUUCAAAGCUUGUAGACCUUGAGGAUCUUGAUCUUUCCAAUAAUUGUUUGUUGUCUUUGAGCAAUAAUGGCAUUGCUGUCAACUAUUCCUUUCCGAAUCUUUGGUCUUUAAAAUUCUCUUCUUGUAACGUACACAAGUUCCCAAGUUUCUUAAGGAAGGCAAAGAGAUUGAACGCAUUGGAUAUUUCCAAGAAAAAGAUUUCUGGUCAAAUUCACAAAUGGGAGAUAGAAAGGAUGUCAUUACAAACAUUAAACCUUUCUUACAACUUCUUGACUGGUAUAGAUUUAUUUGGUUUUGGAAAUCUUAGAAUUGUUGACCUCAAAUCCAACUUACUACAAGGAUCACUUCCCUUUCUAUCAACAACUUGGGCAUCUAUGCUAUUCUUCAUUUCAAGGAAUAAUUUGACUGGUGAAAUCCCUUCUUCUUAUUGUAAUACUUCUCUUAAAGUUCUAGUCUUAGCUAAUAAUAGGUUGGGAGGAAAAAUUCUUGAAUGUCUUGGAAGCUUGAGUGAUCUCAACAUCUUGGAUCUGCAGAUGAAUAAGUUCCAUGGUAGGAUUCCAAAUUUAUUUGUCAACAACUGUUUCUUGUUAACUCUCAACCUAAAUGGCAACCAGUUGGAGGGGAUACUGCCACGGUCUUUGGUUAAUUGUAGUAUGUUGGAAAUUCUAGAUGUGGGGAACAACAACUUGAAUGAUACAUUUCCACAUUGGUUAGGUGUUCUUCCAUCGCUAAAAUUGAGAAUCAUUGAUGUCGCACAAAAUGAUUUUAUGGGUCUCCUACCGAGUAACUAUUUCAAAAUUUUGGAAGGUAUGAGAGAUGUAGCUCCAACUGAUAAGGUCAAAUUGGAAUACAUUGAUGACAAUAUGGAAUGUUUCAGUGGUAGUGGAAGUUGCACAGUUUUUACUGAUAGUUAUAAGGAUUCUGUGAAGGUAGUAAUGAAAGGGUUACUAGUGGAGCUUACAAGGAUCUUGAAAGUUUUCACAACUAUAGAUUUCUCGAGCAAUCAAUUUCAUGGACCUAUUCCUGACGAGCUAGGAGAACUCAAUUCACUUUUAUCACUAAACUUAUCUCAUAAUAGUCUCAAUGGUCAAAUCCUGUCAUCAUUGGGAAAAUUAGCAGAACUCGAGUCAUUAGAUCUCUCAUCAAACAAGCUUGAAGGUAGGAUUCCAGAGCAAUUGACAAAGCUGACGUUCCUAUCAGUUUUGAAUCUUUCACACGAUGAACUUGUCGGCCAUAUACUUGAAGGGAAGCAGUUCAAUACUUUCUCAAAUGAUUCCUACGUUGGGAACUCUGGGUUGUGUGGAUUUCCAUUGACAAAGAAAUGCGAAGAACCAAGACCACCUUCAUCACAAUUUGAUGGAGAAAAUGACUUUAUAGCAGUCUUUGAGUGGAAGUUUGCAUUGGCAGGUUAUGGGUGUGGACUGGUGUUGGGACUUAGUCUGGGAUACAUUGCCUUCACUACAAGAAAACCAUGGUGGGUAGUGAAGAAAGUGGAGAAAUAUCAAUAGAAAUUAGUUGGAAGGUGCAACCGAAGUCAUAAGCAGAGAAAAACCCAACCAACACUCUUAAGUAAGUUUUUACAACUCUCUAUAAUAUUUGUGUUCUAUAUAAGUUCUAACCAUUAUGUUAUAUAAUAGUGACACUUAAUUUUUCUACUUUUGCUUUAUUUUAUGUAGGUGUAAGCAGGUGUGAUUGAUUUCCUACUUUGGGGAGAUCUGGCAACAGUUGCUUCUUGAGUUUGUUUCCAUCUUUUUCAUGUUCAUUGUUGAUAUAUAGUUGUAUUGACUUGUGUGGGAAUUAUGGUUAUGUAUUAAUUUUUGUUGAUUUCUUUUGGAUUUCAUCUAUCUACUCUGCACGUAGUUGCUCAUGUAUUUUUCCUAUUGUAAUUUGUUUCUUUUGAUGUAAUCUCUUUGUAUUUUCUUCUCUCAUCCUUUGUUUUGGUUGUCUUUGAAUGGUGCAUUGUACUAAAGUAAAAUGUAAAAAUUCUU